AUGGGCUCGGGCAGUGCGGAGGUUUACAAAAGCGAUAUAAUCCAGGGAUCCCCGACAGUACCAGUGGCAGAACCCUGGCGAGAAUUAUUGCUUCUACCCUGUGUAUCACUUCGUUCAGCACCUCCAAAUACAAUGCUCGCCAAUAUCGCCGAAGUUGUGGGGAAGACUUUUGACUUUAUAGUCAUCGGUGGUGGUACUGCUGGUCUUGUGUUGGCUAAUCGUUUGUCGGAGGACCCAUCUCUCUCUGUCCUUGUCUUAGAGGCCGGGGAAGCCAAUCUAGAUGAUCCAACCAUUUUGCUCGCCGGUAUUGCCAACAGAACAAACUUGGAGAACAACCCUAGAUAUGACUGGCGAUUCCACACUGUUGAUCAAGUUCAUUCGAAUAAUCGGUCUUUCCUGUGGUCACGGGGCAAGGUCCUUGGCGGUAGUUCUGCAAUCAAUGCAUAUUUCUGGCAUAUGCCUGCCAGAGAAUAUCUUCAAGUGUUCGAGCGACUAGGAAUUACGGGAUGGAACUGGGAGACAACCGCGAAGUAUCUGAAGAAGGUUGAGAGAUUCGUCCAGCCCGAUCAUGACCUCGAUGUGUUGACCUUCGACAUGGCUCACCGGGGAGACUCAGGCGCUGUGGUAACCACUUUCCCGAAGAUUAUCUCUAACCUCGAGAGACCUAUGAUUGAGGCGUUGAAAUUGUUGGGUAUCCCGCAUACCACCGAUUCUAUGUCUGGUUUCUCAACUGGGUCAAAUUCCGUAGCUCUGACGAUACAACCGGACACUAAUCAACGGGCCUAUUCAGGCAAUAUGUAUUAUGCCCCCGCUGCGUCUCGGGAGAAUCUCAAGGUGCUUGUGGCAGCACACGCUACCGAGAUAACAACGCAUGUCACCGGUGAUGGCACUACAACCGCUAUCGGCGUGAAAUUCAUUCAUGACGGCAUUCCUCAUGAGGUGAAGUGCUCGAACGAGGUUUGUCUCUGUGCAGGGGCUAUCAUGUCUCCUCAGAUACUUGAAUUAUCGGGGAUUGGAGACCAUGACGUGCUCACGAAGGCAGGUGUCGAGGUGAAGGUAGAGUUGCCUGGUGUUGGCUCGAACGUGCAAGAACAUCUCCAUGGUGGAAUAGUUUACGAGUUGGAUAAGUUUUCCUAUGGCGGAAAGACCUUCCAAACACUGGACCCCCUUUACGAUCCGCAAGAGAUUGCAAAACAGCUUAUGCUAAAUGCUGAAGGAAGGAGUCUUCUCAACCUGUGUCCCGUCAGUCUCACCUUCGUACCUAUCGACGCUGUGUGCCCGGAUACGGCGACCGUACAGGAAACUCAUUUGCAGAAGAUCCGCUCUGGGAUUGAGGCCGACGUAUACCCCGAAGGUCUCAAAAAGCAGUAUCAGGUCCAGCUUGACCUUCUGGAGCGGAAGGUACCGGAUCUCGAGAUUAUACUUGGCCCUGGUUCAUUGGUACAGUUCCCCGUUCCCGAUCCCAAGAAGAAGCAUAUCUCGUUUGUCUAUGGUUUAAACGCACCGUUCUCCCGAGGCACUAUUCAUAUCGGCUCGAAGGAUCCCCUGACUCCGCCAGUGAUGGACCCUCAUGUCUUUGAGGAGUCUUACGAUCUCAUCACCAUUGUUGAACUUGUUAAGUUCUUCAGACGAUUGACAAAAACAGAGCCGUUCAAGACAAUCGUGAAAGAAACGGAGGUUUAUCCUAGUCCCGAAGUCGAGACGGACGAGCAGCUGGCUGACUGGAUAAGAGACACCGUCAAUACCACAUUCCACAGCGCGGGUUCAUGCUCAAUGUUGCCUGAGGAAGACGGAGGAGUCGUCGACUCGCGCCUCAAGGUCUAUCAUACCACGAACAUACGCGUCGUCGACCUGUCUGUCCUUCCUCUGCACAUUGGGGGACAUCCUCAAGCUCUGGUGUACGCAAUUGCAGAACAAGCCGCGGAUAUCAUUAAAGGCAAGAUCUGA